AAGUCUGCUCAUGGAUUAUCCCAUGUUGGGGUCGAUUACAUUGUGGGAUCCAUUCAUUGUCAGGGAUCCACACAAUGUCUGAUCCAUUCCGCUUUUAGAUCCACAGAGCUCCGAGAUCCAGUCCAUUGUGUAAUCCAUACUGCUCCAGAAUCCACUCAGCUCCAUGAUUCACUACGUUUUGAGAUCGACUCUGCUCCAGAGCCGACUCCACUCCGGGAUCUCCUCCGCUCCGGGUCUGUGCGGAAGGAUGGGGCCGGUGCGGCUGCUGCUACCUUUGCUGUGGAUCACAGUAAUCGCUUCACUGAAACCAGAUCUAAACCGGGAAGAGGCCGUUACAAAACCUGACAGCGACACCGGGAAUAGCACCACCAGGAAUGGCAACAUUGGGACUGGCACCACCAGGAAUGGCAGUGCUGUGGCUGGCACCACCAGGAAUGGCAACAUUGGGACUGGCAUCACCAGGAAUGGCAGUGCCAUGGCUGGGAAUACCAGGAAUGGCAACGCCGGGGCUGGCAGCACCGUGAAUGGCAGUGCCGCAGCUGGAAAUGCCGGGAAUGGCAACGUUGGGGCUAGCACCACCAAGAAUGGCAGUGCUGUGGCUGGGAACGCCAGAAAUAGCAAAACUGGGACUGGCGAUGCUGACACUAGCAAUGGCGGAACAGGUAACAUGGACAAGCCUGAGGACAAGGCAGGAGGUCCUGGCACUAGAAUCCACAGUCCUGGUCCAAGUUCAAAAGAAGCUGAAAAGCAAGGAACCGAGUCUGAGAAUGGAAACGCUGAGGGGAGGAGCAGUGAGAAGCCAGCAGGCAGCCAAAGCAAUAAGGGGGAGGACAAGGAAGAUGAUGCUGAGCCAGUUGAGGAUGAUGAGGAGACACCAGAAGCAGAUAGAGACACAAAAACCCCUGAGGAGGCUGGGGACAGCGCAGCAGUUGCUGAAGGAUCAGUGAAGGCUGGAGCUGGGACGAACAUUGAUACUGAGUCAGUGCCAAGGGACGAGCCAGAGAGCAGCCACUUCUUUGCCUAUCUGGUGACCACAGCAGUCAUUGUUGCUGUGCUCUACAUUGCUUAUCAUAACAAGCGCAAGAUUAUUGCUGUUGUCAUUGAAGGUCGAAGGUCAAAGACCAAUCGACGCCCAAAGUCAGCAGAUUACCAGCGACUGGAACAGAAGCUGUGAAGAGCCUUUGGACAAGGCUGGACCCCUGCAGAGGAACUUUCUUUCCACUCCCUCCCCACCAUCGACCCAUCUUCUCCUCUAAAUUACAAGGACUGUCUCUUUAAGCGCACCGAAUAUCAGAUCAAAAGACAGUUUGACCCAGAACCACAACCUCACGACUCCAGAUCGCAGUCUGCUCAAUGUGAAUAAUGGAAUUUCCCUGUUUGUAAUAUGUUUCUGUGGGAGAUGGGGAUGCAGAGGGAGACAAUCCUGAUUUAACUGAUGACUAUCUGAUUAUUUUCAACGUAGGGGGUUGGUUAGGGAAGGGUCAGGUGCUGGGGGCGUGUAGUGGGGAAAUGUUGGGCUGGUCAGGGUCUGGGCUGGGAGUAGGUUUGGGCAGAUUUGAUGGGUGCGUGUGGCUGGGAGUGGGUGAAUGGCGGUCACUCGAGAUGAGUGGAGGUCAAGUGAACGUGUUUCUCUUGAAAAUAAUACUGCGGUGAGAGAAGGUGUGACUGGAAAUUGUUCCCAAAGGCCAGGUCAGGCCAAUUGAGAUUCAUUUAGAGGUUAAUUUCUGAACCAACUUUGGGAGUAUCUCAUGCUCCCUCAAGCCUCUACCCAGGUGGAGGGGAGUUGAGGGGUUUGUGCAGGAGCUGAGCCAUAAGUCCAGGGGAGGUUUGGAGUAUCUUUAUGUGGGUCUGUCAGCUGGUCCUUGGCGUAUGUCACUGUGACAAGUAAAGGACUAAUCUGCACGCGGCCUAAUCUCCUCGGUAAUACUCAGUCUCUUUCUGCUUACACUGUGGAAAUGUUUGUAAAUUCUUGUAGCAGAAGGCUGUACCCAACAUGGGGUGACCCAGCCGCACCAUCAUGCAAUCCCUCUCAAGAGCAUUAAACUCAAUGGCUGUUCAAUCA